AUGGCUUCACAAACAGAAAAAGAUAAUUUUUGUAUUCGUUUUACUGGUAAAAAUUAUCCGGCUUGGGAAUUUCAGUUUCGAAUGUAUGUCAAAGGGAAAGGAUUAUGGAAUCACUUGGAUGAUAUCUCUAUGGCACCGUUAGAGACAACCGAUUUAGAUGCCUGGGAAAUCAAAGAUGCUCAAAUUAUCACUUGGAUUCUCAGUAUUAUUGAUCCUCAGAUGAUUAAUAAUUUGCGAUCUUUUUCCACUGCUCAAGAAAUGUGGAACUAUUUAAAGCAACACUCUGCGAUUAUACAUGUGGAUGUUCCCAAGAGUUCUCUUACGGAUGUCCAGGAGGUCUACAACACUAGUAGGCGAGAUCAAUUUCUUAUGAAACUUCGUCCAGAAUUUGAAGUUGUUAGAGGAGCUUUGCUGAACAGGAAUCCCGUUCCUUCUUUAGAUACACGUGUUGGUGAACUUCUCUGA